AUGGAUCAAAGGUUAUUUGAAGCUGCAAGAACAGGUGGAGAAAAUCCUCUUCAUAUUGCUUGUAUUGUUGGACAAGUUCAUUUUGCAAGAGAGAUGAUUAAACUUAGAAGAAAAUUUGCUGCAGAACUGAACCAAGAUGGUCUAAGCCCACUUCAUAUUGCAUCAGCUAAUGGGAAUGUGGAUAUUGUAAAGGAGCAGCUAAAUUUAGACCAUAAUCUUUGCGGGAUCAAAGGAAGAGAACAAAGGGCUCCUCUCCAUUAUGCAGUCAUUAAGGGAAGAGUUCGAGUAAUUACAGAACUCAUUGCAGCUUCUCCUGAUUGCAUUACGGAUUAUUCAGCUCGAAAUAGACAGCUCUUCACCUCACAGUAA